AUGGCCCAGGAUCUGAGAGGCAGGGGUCUGACGCAAAGGACCCACAAUCGCGGAUCACCAAGACCACAUUUUCUGGGAGGCUCAGAUCGUCAAAACGAGAUGAAAACAGGACCAUACCAGAGUGCAACGCGGUACUCGGAGACGGCGAACAUCACACGCAUAGUGCAGACAGUACUUGCCGCACUCCAGAAGGAGACCAAGAACCAAUAUCAGGCCCCACGACGACCACCUCGGGAACGUCGAGACCUCCCGAAAAAUGACAAGACCACACGAUGGUCACCAACAGAGUGGCCACGUGGCACGGCGAAUGUGACGACCAAGACGUUGCAACAACAACUGCAAUCGACACAGUCGACACCACCACCAGUGACGAAGACCACAUGGGCACAGGUGGCUCGACAACCGAAAGAGCCAAUGAAACGGAAGGUGAACCCAGGUCCACGUCCACCACAUCCGUUUCCACCACGACCAUCGGCCAACGAGAUACGCCCACAAUACCCACACAAACCACAGUGGGCACCACCCCACGCUGAACCGGCUACACGCAAGUUAGCACACAAACAGGCGGCGCCGGUGAAACGACGCGUCACAUGGCGUACCCCGAUGGACGAUUCCUUCGCCAGAGAAGCGAUGGAACUGAAGGUGAUACAAGACAAGUUUCAAAUGUUUGCCACAGAGUGUCGCAAACGAGCGACAUGGUGGACAACCAUGCGGCAUGGUGAGAACAAUUACCACUGCCGAGUGUGUGCUUUUUCCAGUCCACGGAUGGGAGCGGUGGCGGACCACUUUAAAGCGGCCCACGCUGCACUCCGAUGGAGCACACCAUACCAGCUAAGGCCACAUGGACCUAAGAUCUGGCCAGCGGAUCACGCAUGCUCGGUGACAUCGACAUUGGCGGCACUCUCGCUCUACCCAGAAGAAGGGCGAUUUGCACCAGAGUUACGUCGACCAUACGUCGACCCAUCAGCGGACAGUACGGCGGAGUUUGUGACCGCACUGAAUGUGCUCACGCCCAUGGCCCCGGUCACAGCGUUGGAAGCCAUGAUGGCCAACGAUCCAGCGGUGGCAGCACUGUUUGCCAGUAAGAUCGUCGUGGCAUCAUGUUGCAAGCGGUGUGGAGCAGCAACUCAGGACACACCGGACCUCGGCAUGAUAGAGAGGGGUAUCAUCUCGAUCUCCCCGGAAAAAGAUGCACCGAUCACGAUCACAUCGGCAUCCCUUCGGCAAUACUACUACAAUGAGGAGCUAGACUCUACUCGGUCAUGUGAUGGGAGUGCCAAAAGCAAAAUACACCCACCCAGCUCGAUCAACGUGAUCACCACGAAACUGUUUGGUGACGCGGUUGCGAUCUACGUGAACAGCUGGGGUUCACACGUCGUCGGCGCAGAGCAGGUCCCGACCUCCAUCGACCUACCGCACGGUAACGGUAGUGCGGAAUACGUCCUGAUGGGAGUGGUGGCCACGACGUCCGACAAGCAUGUGGCGACGUUCCUGCCCAUCAACCCGGGAUCCAAUAUAUGGGAUGUGGUGGACGGCAUGUCGCACACGCGAGCUCCCAAGGGACUCGACCCGACCAAAGCAGUGUUGCUGUUUUAUCGGCGGGUGGAAACGGCAGAAGAGUUGGCCGAAGAUGACGAUGAGGAAAGCGAAGAGGCAGAAAUCGACGCGGCCAACGAGGAGGAGGAACACGCCACGGCACCAAAAGAACACCUGACACCACCAGCUACCCCCAGAGAUCAAUUUGGCCGCCAUGCAUUUGGUCAUUUUGAUGAUCCCACCGCCAACGAGGAAGCUACAAGUCACAAACGCCCUCGUGAGAACGACGACGCCGCGGAGGAGGACGAGGAGCACCCUACAGCGACCCAGGGGGAGGCCCACCAAGCCACCCCCAGGAGAGAAACACAAACACCAUACGACCCUUUUCUCGCGACACAGGACGAUGAUAGCGACGAGGAGGACACAGAAUCCACCACGUCACAACACCUAGAGGACUCACUGGUGGAAACCCAGGAGGGGGCCCCACACACCGACCAAACUGGGACCCGCACGAGUCAGGGGCAACGACCCUCCGGAGGCCCGGUGGUUUUCAGCCACGCCGUAAAAACACCUCUGGCACGGCCAUUGCGCUGUUUGGCCGGGUGCUGCCACAAGGUUUUCAAACAUAAACGCCGCGGUGAGCUUCUGCGCUCACACAUCCACACGAAGCAUACGAAACAGGAACGGCGCGAAAUCCCCAGUGACGACUUACAGGCGGAAGGUCUCGUACGAUGCGAGACGUGCUGUGAAAUUUUUUCGGCAAGUGAGCAGGCACGCACCGCCCAUCUCACCCGUUGCGGGCAAUUCUCGACUCGAACCGACCGGUCACGAGAAGCUCGCGACCAUUUCCGCGCAUCCACGGGAGGAAAGUAUGCACAACAGGCGGUGGUGCGGGAGACCCCCGCCUCCACCGAUUGGCCGGCGGAGAGGCACACGGACCCGCUCACCGACCCCUGGCUCCAUCAGCGAAUCCCCACACGCCGGUGGCUGCACAAAAGGGAGUGGCCAAAUUGGUUGGAUGUGUGUCGGACGGUGUUCCUAGGAUACACGGCAUCCGAAAACCAGGAACGUUGGAGAAAACAGGUCCAAAUUUUCGACUUGGUCCGACAACACCUCCGUAUACAAAAAGAACCGCGCGAUACGCGCACUACACUUCCCGAGGAUAACGCCGGAGCACCGCGGGAUGCAGUCACGGUGGGCGAGAAAAUCGAACGACCCAUAAGUGACAACGCGGAGGGCGACCCAGAUGGUCUCCCAGCACAUGUCCGGGCAAAGGUCCGGCGCAUCGAAACCAUGUGCAUGCUCCAAGCGACGGGACGGGCGGCGUCACUUCUCACAGCGGAAGAUGCGCCACCGGUGGAGUACUCAAAAGAGAUGGUGCAGAGUUUGGACGCUCUGUACCCCCAGGAGGACCCGAGCACCUACCCCACACCACCGGUGACGGGACCCCUGGUCACACUAGACGCGAAAGAUGUGUCACGUCUCAUCAACCACACGCUCGCUCGAGCGGUUUCACCCGGUCUGGACGGAUGGACCCGGGAACUCUUGUGCCCACUCACACGUGACAAACAACUUCUGGUGGAACUGACGACGCUUUUGACGGACAUGGCGAAUGGCCAAGUGCCGCCGGAAGUGGCACACCGCCUGCGGGCCACCAGCCUCACCGUACUUCGGAAGAAAAACAAAAAGUUCCGACCCAUCGGUGCGGAGUGUGUCUGGGCAAAAGCGAUAUCUCUACUGGCGGUGGGUACGGUGAUGCCAGCUCUACAAACGCGAUUCAAGGAUCUGCAAUUUGGCGUCGGCAAUAACAUCGAACUCGCCAUCGAAAAGAUUCGUAAAGACUUUCGCGUCCGAGGAAGUGUGGCGAUGCUGGACGGCCGGAAUGCGUACAACGCCAUUAGCCGCUCAGCAAUCCUCAAGGCGACCUACGGCGAUGAGGUGUGGCAACCGCUAUGGUCGGUGUCACGGCUGCUGCUGGGAGCGCCUGGGGUGGUGGGUUUCUACGACAAGGGACAGAUGGUGCAUUCGUGGAAGUCUACCCGUGGGGUCCGGCAGGGUAUGGUGCUGGGCCCGGUCCUCUUUUCUAUCGGUACCUUGGCUGCGCUUAAACGUCUCCAAGCCAAAUUUCCCACAGCGGCCUUUACAGCUUACCUCGACGAUGUCACGAUUGCCGCGCCGCCGGACAAGAUGCGUGAGGUAGUGGAGGCCACGACAAAGGAGAUGGAAAGUCUCGGUAUCGAAAUCAACAGUGAGAAAACGGAGGUGCUCGACCCCAGGGGGUUGACCGGCCUGCCAGUGGAACCGUUAGACUUUGCCCGCGUGCUCGGUGCGGGGGUGGCCGUGAACCAGGACAGCACCCUCAUCACCGAUUUUGUGCGCCAGAAGGCCGAAGAAACAGACCGGCUCUUCAAAGCCAUUGUGGAAUACCCGUUCCCGAAAUGCACGCAAUGGAGACUCCUCAGCGUCUCGGCGCUUCCCAGGCUGACUUUUUUGCUCCGCACACACAAACCAAUACAUACCAGAGCAGCGGCAACUUGGUUCGACGACCGUGUGACGGAGGUACUGGGGGCUCUCCUGGACCUUCCGGUCACCAAACGCGCAAGAGACAUUGCCGCCUUACCGAUCCGUAUGGGAGGAUGCGGCCUGAGGAGGCAGGUGGAUGUGGCCGAACUUGCGCACGAGUGCCUCGGAAAGAAGGGCCUGCAACGAACGAAAACCGCCGAGUUGGAAAUCGAACGCCAAUGUGACCUUUACGAAUCCCUACAAGGGCCUGAUCGCAGGGUGUUCAUCGCUAACAGGGCGACCGGCGCUGGCAGACCACUCACCGAUCCACAAGUGCGUACGGACGACCGCAGUUUUGUCGUUUACCUGCGCGAACGACUGUUGCUACGCGUUCUACCGGAAGGGCAAAACUGCGUAUGCGGAGCGGACGCGACAAACUUCCAUGUCCACACCUGCGAACGGCUGCACCAACAGCCACGAACCAUCCGACACGACAUGAUCAAUAUGGCCUUCGCCAAUGGCCUUCGUCUCUGUGGGUUCCAGUGUGGGCUCGAACCUCGCUUGACGGAGGUCAGUCGACGACGACCCGAUAUCCUCGUGGUCGGAUUGGACACAUACGCCAUCACCGACGUCACGGUGACCUAUCCGGGGAGGGCCUAUACCACAGCGGACCCGGAGAAUCUUGAGGACACGGACCCGUUCCGAGCAGCCAGAACCCGAUUCACGGAGAAGCGGCAAAAAUACAGGCACUGGGCCAUCGGUAAUCACUUAGAUUUCGAUCCGUUUGUCAUUCAAACGAAUGGUUCCAUCCUGCCGGCGAGUCGACAAUGGCUACAACGCGUCCUCGGAAACCAGGAUCACCGUCUGACCGUCACGAACGCGUAUGACUUUAUUAUUGCUGACACCCUGUCGGCGGUGCUGCGUGGGAAUACUCACAUAUACAACGCGGCAUGCGGCCGGGAGGGGUCAGCACGACGAGCCCUGGGGUAG